UGACUCGUCGGCACCCAUGCCAGUCGCGGUCAGUCUACGGCUUCGAACGCGUGCGUUUCGCUCGUCUCGAGAUCUCCCCAAAAGCAAGCCAACGUUCGAGGUCGGACGCGUCUCACCAACGGUUUGUUUGUGUGUUUAUGGUGGUUUCGGGAGAAUCGGUCCAGGCAGUGUGCGUCGGUAAACGUCUAAGGAACGGGUCGGUGCUGCAAGUCUACGGACGGGAAAAAUAGAAAGUGCGAAGAUGCCGAACAAGUUUGUGAGCGCAUGCAAGGAGGAGCUGGAGGUACGGAACUGUGGCUUCGCCCACCUUCCCGCAGAGGAGUUUGUUAAAUCUCAGUGGCAAACAAGAACCAAGUCGAUAUGCUUUCUGCUCUACCGGUUGGCACUGGCCAUCUUCUUUACCGGUGUCGUCAUCAACUCGAUGGUGGUCUCGGUGGAGCGGAACGAGUUUAGCAAAUACUUCAUCUACCUAACGCACUGGGGCAUACUGCUGUGCAUGGUAACGACGGUGAUGGGUGCGGUGCUCGUCAUGAUCUGGUACUUUCAUCCGGAAUACUCAGACAAAGUGUGUAAUGCUGACGAAAUGCCAAACACGUUCAAGGUGUACUGGAUGCUGCACAACAUCACACUCAUCCUGUCCGUGUGCAUUACCAUCAUCUAUUGGGCGAUCCUGCACAAUGAAUCAAUGCCAGUCGACCCGAACAACAUCCUGAUCCAUGCCUGCAACUGUGUCUUCAUGUUUCUCGAUCUCAUCAUCGUGGCGUACCCGGUGCGAAUAUGGCACGUGCUGCAACCGAUCACCUUCGGGCUGGCGUACUGCAUAUUCUCGCUCAUCUACUAUGCGGCCGACGGUACCGAUAGAUUCGGUCGGCCCUACAUUUACAACGUUCUGGACUGGAACGAGCCGGGCAAGGCGAUGGUUACGGUGGUCGGCACCAUCCUGCUGGCCAUCAUCGUCCACAUGCUAAUGUUCGCCAUCUACAAGCUGCGCGUCAAGCUCUAUCUCCGGUACUUCAACCACAAACCGAUCAUCCCGACCAACUCGACGCUCACCCUGCAAACGGGCAAGUGCGAUGGCAUUUCGAUGGUGUACGGAAGCGACAACAAGGCGUUCACCAUCGGCGAGCGGUACUGAGACACGUACUGGAUCGGUCUGGGGAUGGCGCACCGUGGUUCGGAGAUCGAUCAGCACAGCAGACCCCUGCACACGGUCGUUUACGUACGGCAGCUGGAGCGCACGUUUAACUAGCAUAGUGGACAGAGUUGUAGAAUAUUGGAAGUGACAUUGGAUAAUCUGCGAAAAAGCCCGACACAAAAAAGGUAUUAGUUUGGUUAAGUAUUUGCGUGUAAGUAUAUUUGUUGUUGUGCCUAUCAGCUAAGAGUAAACUGUGAUUAUGUUAAUAAAAGUAAUGAGGAGGAAAUUUUUAAGAAAUAA